UUUUUCAUUUUUCACCUUCUUGAUAUCUACCACUUGGCCACAUGGACCAUCUUAGACUUAUUCUCCUACUCUUCCUGUUCCUACCCACCUGCUUCUCUUUCACGUUUCAAACUCCUUCAAUCAAUGAGUUUACCAAUCAAAGUUCUUCUCUGAGGCAGCAGAUUCUGGAGCUAGCUAACAGUCCUAGCACGGUGAAAUGGAUCAAGAGAAUAAGGAGGGAAAUCCAUGAACACCCAGAGCUUGCAAAUGAGGAGUUCAGGACAAGUGCUCUCAUCAGGCGCGAGCUGGACCAGUUGGGUGUUGCUUACCACUGGCCUGUGGCUGGGACUGGUGUCGUUGCCAAACUUGGUUCUGGGUCUCCUCCUUUUGUUGCUCUUAGAGCAGACAUGGAUGCUUUGCCAAUUCAGGAAAGGGUUGAUUGGGAGCAUAAGAGCAAAGUAGAUGGAAAAAUGCAUGCUUGUGCACACGAUGCACAUGUUGCCAUGCUACUUGGGGCAGCAAAGAUACUGCAAGAAAUGAAGGACAUGUUACAGACUACUGUUGUUCUAAUAUUCCAACCAGCAGAGGAAAAAGGCACAGGAGCAAGAGAAAUGAUCCGAGAAAAGGUGCUUGAAGAUGUUGGGGCUAUUCUUGGGUUGCACUUGGUGGCAGAGUAUGAAACAGGUGUUGUUGCAUCUCGGCCAGGGGAGUUUUUAGCUGGAUGUGGAGGCUUCAAAGCAAAGAUCAGUGGAAAACGAGGCUUAUCAGGAGUUUCUCAGGAUUGUUAUGAUCCAGUUUUGGCAGCUUCAACAUCAGUUAUUAGCUUGCAAACCAUUGUUUCGAGGGAGGUUGAUCCUUUGGAUUCUCAGGUGCUUUCUGUGGCCAUGAUCAAUGCAGGGUAUGCUCACGACAUAAUCCCUGAUUCAGCUACAUUUGGAGGUACUUUUAGAGCAUUCAGCAAAAAGAGUUUCUAUGGACUGAGGAAAAGGAUAGAAGAGGUUAUCAAAGGGCAAGCAGAAGUACAUAGGUGCUAUGCUGAGGUUGAGUUCUUAGGUAAUGAACAUCCCACAAUCCCUCCAACCACAAAUGAUGUAAGAAUAUACGAACUAGCACACCAAGUCUCUAGUAAGAUUGUUGGAGAAGAUAAUAUAGAAUUUGCUCCUCUCUUCACUGGAAGUGAAGAUUUUGCAUUUUACUUGGAAAAAGUACCAGGCACAUUCCUUCUUCUGGGCACACGAAAUGACAAGAGGGGAUCCACAUAUACUGCUCAUAGUCCUUACUUUUUCAUUGAUGAAGAUGUGCUUCCCAUUGGGGCUGCAAUACAUGCAGCUUUUGCUCUUUCAUACCAUUCUUAGUCAACAAACUCAUACCCCUUGUAAUUCAACACAUUCUUUGUCAUAAGUAGCUGUCAGGGAACAUUUUUUUAUCUGCUUAAUGCAUAUUGAAUUUGCUUUACCUGGCUGCUAUCACAAAUAACCAAACCUAAAAGGCUAAGAUUUUCAGUGUUUUACACUCCUUGACCACUAAAGUUUUCAUACACUGUAAUUUCACUAUCAUUUGAGUACAACUUUAUCAUGUAUAAUUAGUUUUUUACUUCUACUCUUUUGAAAGUAACAUGAAUCAAGAUAUUUUGUACAUAAAAAGUAAACUCUUAUGAUUGUGGAAAGUUUGUGCAACGUUUGAGUGGUUUGAAAUGGUUUUGGGAGUCAGAAGUGGUCUGAACAUGUGGUUUGAAACAUGCGAACAGUGACCCUUCUUUGCAUCAUUUAUUCAUUAUCAACUUUGGAGGAAAGCCAUCAAUUACGUCACAAAGAAGCAGAUUCCUCAGACUUUAAAUAGUGCAAUAAUAGGUAUUGGAUAAAGUUUAGUAUGGUACGAGAAAUGGGAGUGCACACAAUUUUGUUCAAAUUCACCCGACCAACGUAGGACAUUGUAGCUAAUUAAUGUCCUUUAGGUAAGAAGCAGGCGAAACAACAAAAGGGGUGCAGAGAAAAUUGCACGGUGCAAGUGGUUUUGUUGGUCCCGUUUACGGGUCUGACAUCAUGCCAGCGAUGCUUCACUCAUCACUUUCAGUCGUAAUGAAGCAGAAGAACCACAGUCCAAACAACAAAAUCAACCUAGUAACAUGGUGAAUUUGAAUUUCGAGUCAUAGCCACCCUAUGCUGCUAACUGAUGUAUCCUUGUCAAUAGAACAUGAAGUUAUGUUUUGCUGCU